AUGGCCAUCGAUGAGGAAGCGAUCCCCGGGGAGGAAGGCGAUCCGCCCAGCGAGGACGUCUACACGAAGAGGAAGAAAAAAAAAGAACGAAACGAAAGCGUCUACUUUGAUAAGGUGAGGAAGAGCGAAUAUAUCUGCGUGGAAAUCCCAGGGAGGAUCAAAAAAGGAAGCAGAGGAUUAUCAGCCGUGGAAAGCUUAGGGGGGAUAAAAAAAAUAACAGAAUUAUUUCAUCUUCAGAAAAAUGGACACAUAAAUGACGAAAAUUUAAUCUUAAGAGUUAACAACAAUGACAUGUUUUCCUCCUUCGUGUCAGCCAAUUCGGCAAAAGUGAACAACGUGUUAAUUAAAGUUAAAAGGACAAGGAAGAAUGUGUACAAAUUUGAAUUCCUGGGGUUUGUUCGGUACAUGUACUACUUUGACAACAUGAUCGACUUUUACUAUAUUCCCACGUUUUAUAAUAGGCGCGAUUACAGCACGAAUUAUAUACACUACUUAACGAGGGGGGGACAGGAGAGGGGGAAAAAAAAAAAAAAAAAAAAAAAAAUCAGCCGAAGGAGUGGUGGAAAUUGCAGGGGUGAACACUUCUUCCCGAGCACGUUUUCUCAGAGUGGAGAACUGCUAACCGACAGGGCGAUAGGACAAAAUGUACCCCACAUGGAUUACCUUUCAAAUCGUGAAACACACAGCUGGAACAACAUGAUGGACACACAGAUGUGCAACCAUAUGAGGCAAACCUCGAACAUGAUGAACCUAAAUGCACAGGUGUAUGGUUGUGAUAAAAUGGCUAGCUACGAACCAGGCUAUACUCCAAAUAUAAGCAGUAACAAUCACGUGGGGCAUAAUAAAGACGUCCAUUUAUUUUUACCAAAAUGUGGAAGUAACAAAAAUGAUGCGAAUUUCUUUGUGCCCAGUUCAAACGGAGAUGGCCUCCACCGAAUUGGCAUUGGAGAAAAGGAGGAAAAAAACCCGGUGGGUUACAUAACGGACAUGCCGAUUGGAGAAAUGGGACAAAAUGUGGGAAACCCCAUGUGCAGCAACGGAAUGAACGUUGCCAUGGCGGAAACCCAUCCAGGAGUAUAUGUCCAAGCGCAACUUCCACCUGCAGGACCACCCCCUUUUGACGACGCCAGGUUUAACCACAUGAUGCAGACGGGUACCCAAGAGGAUGACUACUUCUCGGACUCAGAUUACAAUGAAUUGUACAAGAAAAUCAUAAGCUGUAAAAGUAAUAUUGAAUUAUUCGACCAUGUUAAGGAAAGUGAAUUUUCCUCGGACGAAAGCGAAGGGUACGAAUUGAACUGUUGCAUCCAUAGCAAAAGUACCAAUCCUUAUUUCUACAGAAAUUACGAAGCCACAACUACGGGUAGGUAUCUCAGGGAGUACAGAUAUUUAAUAAGCAAAUUUACUGCGCCGAUUUGUUCCAACGUGGAAGCGAGCAAAGAAGAAAUGGAGAAGUUCAUUCAGGAGCUUAUCAUUAACAGAACUGAACAGGGAGCGCCGGCAGGUUCCACAGUGAAGGGGGUGGUUGGGAUGCCCCCAAGUGUGCACGGGGUGGUCGAGGAACAAGUGCAAAAUCAUGACCAUUUGGGUAAAACCGUGGGUGAGUAUAGCGAUGCUGCAGGUGUGCAUUGUGAUGACCGUUCGCAUGACCACUCCGACGGGGAAGAGCUGCUGAUGGGAUACCCCCCAAGGAGCGGCCACCCUCAGGACGACCACGAAACUAGCCAAUCUAGAACCGCAAGUCGAAGUGUAAACCACUCAGAAAUGCAGAGCAACCAAAUUAUAGUAAGUAAACAAACAGUCCAUUGUAACCCGAUAGCAAAAUUUGACGACCCCACAUUUCCAUGUAUCCCAUUCGAUUCUGCAUUAAAAAAAUACGUGUCCGAUAAGUUAUAUAAAAGGGUAAAGGAUCUGUUCGAAGUGAGACCCAUCUGGUCAAAGGAAGUCAUAUUGGAACAUCUAGACAGUGUGAGCACAUACUGUCUGAAGAGUUGCUUCUCGCGAAUUUGCUUCUAUUUUGCGGAUGGACCCUGGAGACGCACCUAUUGUAAAUAUGGCUACGACCCGCGGAAGGACCCCUCCAGUUAUAUCUACCAAACCAUAGAUUUUAGGGACAACUACUUUAGGGAGGUUAAGAUGAAGAGUGCAAAUGAAAUGAACAGAAUUAUUCUAAAGAGAAAAAAAUUUAUCGAUAGGGUAGUUACAAAAAUUAUUAAAAAGGUAAAUACUACGGGUACAAGGAAAGCAAAUAAAAAGGGCAGACGAGAGGACACUUCGCAAAAGGGGAGUAACACAAUGAGCGUGAAAACAGAACCUCACACGGACCAAGAACACAGGGAUGAAAACGAAAAAAGAGAUUUUAACAUAUAUUCCGAAUUGUCGCAAAGUUUCUCCCAACCUUAUGACGACCAUUUGGGUAAUAUCUCCCAUGGGGACAAGUCUGGCUACCAUCCACCAACGAGUAACGAAUACCCGAAGGACAUAAAUGAUCUUAAAAAUAUGUUCGACAUAUAUUCAAGUGCUGCCUCCUCAAAUGAUGAAAUUACUCCCCAGAUGGAUGAAGAAAUUAAUGACAUUUUUCAGUUUUUAAAAAAAUCAAUCACCUUUCAUUUGAGAAAAAGUUUUUCAGCGGAGUCCCACUUUUCCGUGAGCCCCCUGAAACUUUCAACGAUAUAUCAGUACAUAGACAUAUAUGACAACAACGUCGCAGAUUAUUUAUCCAAUUUGAAGACGCAGGACGUGUGUACGAAGGAUUACGGGUGGAUGAACAGCAACGACAUCGCCAAAAUUAGGGACAUUCUGUUCGUCCGGUCGGUGACGCUAAGGCGGGCCCACAUAAAGUGA